GAAAACCGCAGGCGAUGGAGAAUCGUCUUGCGUCGGCGCCGAUUCAAUAGUUAAAAACCAGUUAAAAAUCGCGAAUGCAUUGUUGUCUUGCGCAUCUCGAAGUGAAGAAUCAUUUGAAUUUCGUGCCCCUUCGAGUGGAUUAUUAAUCAUUGGAUCGAUCUUGGCAUCGGUUUUGUGGAUGAUUCUUGUUUGUGGUGGGUGAACGGUCGACAGACCGUCGCGUCGUUUCAGGAAAAAAGAAGGAGAAGCCGUCGGGCGGUUCCCCUCGUGCGGUGCAACAAGUGUCAGACUGAAAAUUCAUCUCAAUAUUUCUAAUUGGUCGAUUAAUUGGAUCAUCAAUUCCCCAUCGAGGGGGUGACGGGGGUGGUUUUUUUAAAAUUCCGGUGAGACAUGGGGUGUGCUGUGAGUAACACCGGUGAAAAGGCCGCUGCCGAGAGGUCGAAAAAAAUCGACAAGGACCUCAGGGCCGAUGGAGAACGGGCAGCAAGUCAAGUCAAACUUUUACUCCUCGGGGCUGGAGAGUCUGGCAAAUCGACGAUAGUCAAGCAAAUGAAAAUUAUUCACGAGACUGGAUACAGCAGAGAGGAGUGUGAACAGUAUAAACCAGUUGUUUACAGUAAUACCAUUCAGAGUUUAAUGGCUAUUAUCAGAGCUAUGGGACAGCUGAGAAUUGAUUUUGCUGAUCCAAAUAAAGCGGAAAUAGCUCGACAGUUUUUUACCCUAGCAUCCGCGGCUGAGGAGGGAGAAUUAACUGGUGAACUAGUAUUAUUAAUGAAAAGAUUAUGGCAAGAUGCUGGUGUUCAGCUUUGUUUCACACGCAGCAGAGAAUAUCAGCUCAACGAUUCGGCAGCGUAUUAUCUAAACGCACUCGAUCGUAUAUCCCAGCCAAAUUAUAUUCCAACACAGCAGGAUGUACUCAGAACGAGGGUCAAAACAACUGGAAUUGUCGAGACUUAUUUUUCGUUUAAAGGAUUGCACUUCAAAAUGUUUGACGUUGGUGGACAGAGAUCAGAGAGAAAAAAAUGGAUUCAUUGUUUUGAGGGAGUAACAGCCAUAAUCUUUUGUGUAGCCUUGAGUGGUUAUGACCUAGUUCUCGCUGAGGAUGAGGAGAUGAAUCGAAUGAUCGAGUCAAUGAAGCUAUUCGACUCAAUCUGCAACAGCAAGUGGUUCGUCGAGACAUCGAUAAUUCUAUUUCUAAAUAAGAAAGAUCUGUUCGAGGAGAAAAUAGCAAGGAGUCCCCUCACCAUAUGUUUCUCUGAAUACAAGGGUAGCAAUGCGUUCGAGGAGUGCGCUGGUUACAUUCAGAUGAAAUUCGAAAAUCUCAACAAGAGAAAGGAUCAGAAACAGAUCUACACGCACUUCACCUGCGCCACUGACACCUCUAAUAUUCAAUUCGUAUUUGAUGCUGUGACUGAUGUUAUUAUUAAAAAUAAUCUGAGCAACUGUGGGCUGCUAAGCUGAAUCUGUGGAUUAAUUGUUUGCGUUGAUUAAUCGUCAUGUUUCCCUCGAAGAAAAAAAAACGAUAAUAUUCAUUGGAGAUUGAGAAGUAAACGCUCGGAGAUUUAUUAAUUCUGUGAGAAAAGUUCCAGUAGUUCGGAAAUUCAGUCAUCGUGGCUUUUCGAUUAGAUGGUAUUAUUUAUGACGUCUCAUAUUUUGUAUUUAGAGUUAUCAAUCAUUUAAUAUUAGUGACGUGGGUCCAUCUCUGUAUAUAACAACAAGAUUAUUUUUUCAUGAAUAUAUCUAAGAACAAGGGCAAUAAUCGUGUGUUUAA